AGAUCCAAUCGUCUUUAUUGAUUUGGGUCUGAUUAGAUCUCAUUCAAAGAGUUCUAAUAAGUGGGUAGAAAAUUUCUAAAUUGAAAUUAGAAUACUGGAAGAAUCGUAACACGCUUCAGCUGGAUCUUCCCUGUGCUCACGAAGGUUAUCAACUCCAAAGACCAGAAGAAAAAGUAACAAAAACUCCCAUUUUCUAUUCGCAUUCUUACUCUUUGGCAACGAGACUAACGCUAAAUCACAGGGUUUUAUUGUUGGAACUGAAGUCUUAAGGUGAUGGCGAGGAUCAAACCACAAGCUCUGCUACAACAAAGCAAAAGGAAGAAAGGACCAUCUCGAAUAAGUCUUACAACAAUUAUAAUGUCGAGUUUGAUUGUUGUUUUGAUUGUGUUUUUUGUCUAUGCCUCCUACAGACAUUGGACUCAAAGGUCGAGAAUUCAUAUAGAGAACAAGAAAUCAGUUAUCGAGGGGGACAACUCUUUCAUGGAUUCCAAGAAAUCUGAUCUCCCGGGAUAUGCUAUUUUAGAUACCACUAAAGGCUCUAUAACAGUGGAGCUCUUCAAGGACAGUUCUCCUGAAGUUGUUGAUCAAUUCCUUGAUUUAUGUCAGAGAGAACGCUUCAAUGGAAUGCUUUUUCGCCAUGUGAUAAAGCACUAUGUGAUUCAGGCCGGUGAUAGUGAUAAGUUAGGAGCUGUGGAGGGCUGGACUGUGAAAGGAAAGCAAUACAACCAACUUGAUACAAGUUUGAAGCAUGAAGCAUUCAUGCUUGGAACAUCUAAGGUCAAGCAUGAUGAUAAGGAAUUUGAGCUUUUCAUUACAACUGCACCAAUCCCUGAUCUAAAUGAGAAACUUAUUGUCUUUGGGAAGGUCACUAAGGGAGAAGACAUAGUUCAGGAAAUUGAAGAGGCGGAUACAGAUGAGCUUUAUCGACCUAAAUCUCCGAUAGAGAUCCGCAGUGUGACUCUGAAACAAAGCAUCUAAAAUCAAACAUGAGGAAAUAAAUAUUCCAUACUGUAUGUUCUGUUGUCCAAACAAAGUUUCAGCAGCAGCGUUAAAAUGGUUCAGAAGAAUUUGUGGUGCGUUCCUUUUUUGAGCUUCAGAUUUCAUCGGUCCUGCUUGUGGUAUUUACUCGAACUCAAGGUCUAUAGGUCAACCACCUUGUCAGUUAUUCGUUCGGUUCGACUUUUGGCUAUCCUGUUUUUACCCUAACUAGCCUCUAGCAUUUUCUUUUUGUUUUUGGAGGAGGGUAUCUGCUUCCGAGUCUAUCUUGAUAAGGUAAUGGACACUGUAUUUUGUAAUUUAAGUAUAAUAAUAUUGGAUGAGAUGUAAUUUACAUGUCAAACUCCAAUAAAGAAGUUGAGAAAGGUGCUUGCAA